UAGCAAAGUAUUAAAGCAAAGUGAGCCUGCUUUGGCUGGAACAGAGAAGGCGGACCUGCUUUAAAUUCUGCAGUCCAGACCCUUCGCCCUCUUGGUGAAACGUGAGCGGCUCUAAGGAAAGAAAAUGUCCGCCAAGCAGAACAAGAUGUCAGCUCCAGAUUCAGACGCUCGAUCUCUGGAGCGCAAGGUGACAACCGUCAUCAAAACGGAGAAACAAGAAUGGCCUGGAAUUCAGACUUCCAGCAGAGAAGGCGGCUUCCCUCGAGUCAUGCAGGUGGGGACCAUCGGGGAGUAUCUGAAAAAGCCCGCACCCCAGGAACCGGAGAAGGGGCUGUCCGAAUGCUGGGAGGCUCAGUGGCAGGCAUUCCUGCACACCAUGCAGUCCUCACGUUCCGGAUGGGGAAACGUGGAGCCAUUGGAAGCCAAACAACAAGACGAUAUUCCUGAUUUUUUUUCCGCUGUGGAGCAAGAGAGAUGCCCAGCAGCCAAAGUGCAGAGGACGAGACAGACAUCCCAGCCUGAUGGAAAGAAUCCAGAGUCCCGUAGCCUGGAGAGUGAUGGAAACAGCAGGAAGCUUAAGAGAAAAAGAGAAGAAGCUCCGAAGGAGGAAGCGGGAAGCGUGGAAUUACAACGCCAGCACUUCCGCCAGUUCUGCUACCAGGAAGCCGAGGGUCCCAGAGAGGCUCUUUGCCGACUGGGGUACCUUUGCCAUCAGUGGCUAAAGCCGGAGAAGCACACCAAAGAAGAGAUCCUGGAUCUGUUGAUUCUGGAGCACUUCCUGACCAUCCUGCCCCCCGAAAUGCAGAGCUGGGUGAAGAGAAGACACCCCGAGACUUGUUCCCAAGCGGUCGCCCUGGCGGAGGAUUUCCUGCUGAAGCAGCAGGAAAAUAAGAGGCAGACGCAGACGAUCCUGUUCCAAGUCUUGACGGUGAAUUUCCCAGUUGGGGAGGAGGAAUCCUCUAAAAAACCCCACAGGAGCCCAGGCAGGGAGGCUGAGACCGAAAGAAAAGAAGAUGAUCCUCUGGAAGCUGUGAGCGCUUGGAGCAAGCAGCCCUGGGCGAGAGACGCUCCUCAGGAGUUAAUGGCUGCCUCUGCAAAUCAGGGCCCACAGAUUCACUCGGAAGCUGAACUUGCUGACAGCCGGCAGGACCGAUCGGCUGCUCAGGGACCCGGGUUCAUUCCUACCCCAGAGCCUCCGAGAACCCGGAAGGCGAAAAGCCGGAAGAUUUGCGACAUCUGUGGGAAGAGUUUCAGCUACAACUCGAACCUGAAACGUCACUGGCGGACUCACACGGGCGAGAAGCCGUACGGCUGCUCGUAUUGCGGGGAGCGUUUUAACCAGGCCACGAACCUCAUCCGGCAUCAGCGGAUUCACACAGGAGAGAAGCCCUACAAAUGCUCCGAUUGCGGGAAAAGCUUCAACCAGAGCCUGCAACUUAUCCGGCACCGGAAAACUCGCUUUAAUUGUAACUAAAAAAAAAAAAGCUUCUGUCCGCAGAGAAAUAGUUGCUGUGGUGGUGCUAGGAAUUCCAAGCGAGUCACGCAAGAACGCUUAAGCAGGGAAUUCCCAAGAAUUUCUUGGUUUUCCUAUGGGAAGACUGAAACUGUGCCUUGACUGAAAAGAUUUUUGGUAGGGGUAGCACGUGGUUUUGGAGAGGAGGGGGGCGCAAGGAUGGCUGGAAGGUGAAGCAGAGGAAAAUUUGCCCUGUCACUUUCCUUUUGUUUCUGCCAAUAAUUACAGAGCUAAAGAGUUGGAAGGAACCUGAGAGGUCUUCUAGUCCAACCCCGUGCUCAAGAGGGGAAUCCUAUACAGGUAAUCCUUCACUUACGACGGUGUGUUUAAUGAUCAUUCAAAGUUACAAUGGCACUGAAAAAAGUGACUAAUGACCGUUUUUCACACUUAACGGCCAUUGCAGCAUCCGUAUGGUCACGGGAUCAAAAUUCUGACACUUUGCAACUGACUCAUAUUUAUGACAAUUGCAGCGUCCUGGGGUUGAUAAGUUAGUAACUCGGUUGUUUAAUGAAUCUGGUUUCCUCAUCAGAAGGUCGCAAAAGGGGAUAGAUCACAUGGCCUUGGGACAAAGCAACGGUCAUAAAUAGGAACCAGUUGCCAAGCAUCUGAAUUUUGAACCCAUGAACAUGGGGAUGCUAGAAAGGUCAUAAGUAUGAAAAAAACGGUCAUAAAUCACUUUUUUCAGUGCUGUUGUACCGUUGAAUGGUAACUAAAUUGGUUGACUCAGCCUUCCAUCCUUUCAAGGUAGGUAAAAUGAGGACCUGGAUUUUGGGGGCAAUAAGGUGACUUUGUAUAAAAAAGAACACCACUUAGGGGGGGGCGAAAGCCCUACUAAGCAGGUAUAUACAAAAGUAUGAAGGCUAUUGCUUAAUGCAUUGUAAGCUGCCCUGAGUCUCUGGAGAAGGGUGGCAUAUAAAUCGAACCAAUAAACAAUAAUAAUAAUAAACUAAAUGAACUGUUGUAAGUUGAGGACUACCUGUAUUAUACAUUUUCCCAGGUGGUUUUCUAUAUAUACUCCAUAAGGAAAAAGAUCAAACAGGUGGAUCCCUCUCUGCCUCUUUUUAGGAAAGUGCCACCGUAAUGACAUUUGGUAGAUUAUAGAAAAAAAUAUCUGGCAGUAAAAUUCAUUUACACAAGAUCAUUUCCUUUGAAUUGUUUUAUCUAUUGAUUUCAGGUGCUUUUAUACUGAACCCAGUGGUGAAAUCCAAAUUUUUUUACUGGUUCUUUGGGCGUGGUGUUGCUUGGUGGGCGUGGCAGGGGAAGGAUACUGCAAAAUUUCCAUUCCCACCCCACUCCAGGGGAAGGAUACUGCAAUAUCCCCAUUCCCACCCCACUCCUGGGGGAAGGAUACUGCAAAAUCUCCAUUCCCGCCCCACUCUGGGGCCAGCCAGAGGUGGUAUUUGUCGGUUCUCUGAACUACUCAAAACUUCUGCUACCGGUUCUGCAGAACCUGUUAGAACCUGCUGGAUUUCACCCCUGACUGAAACACAUAACUCAAAAGAACAAGUAGCAGUUUGCCAUAGGCAGAAUAAAUCACGACUAAACCCUACCAUCAAAAUAAGCAAUUUAACAUAAAUCACGGGUCCCUAACCUCCGGGCCGUGGCCCACUUCCUAUUUGCAAACGGGGCACGCAAGUGUUAAGCCGACGCGCAUGCACGCAAUUUGUACGAAUGGCAGACUGGUGCCCGUGUAUAGGCACACGCAGCUCAACUUGUGCAAUGAGCUGCGCACAGGUGUGCAUGCGCUCUGGCCGGUCAAUCGUGCAAGUUGAACUACACACAUGCAUGUGCACAGGCCCACUGCUUGCGUGGCCCAGUUCCCCUCUCUCUGCCCUCGCCAGGCCGCCAAGUGACAAAGGUUGGAGACGGCUGAUAUAAAUAACAUCACAAUUGAAAUUUUUAUCGGUAUGGCACAGUGGAUCAUUAGGGUCGCGGUGUGGGGGGUGAGGCUCUGAAAAAAAAAUUAAGAUGGCAGCCUUUGAAUGUGGGUUGGCUUUGAUCUUGUGGUCACAGCUGCCAAUUUGUGGACAAUGUGCUGUGGAUUAUUGUCUUAGACUAGGAAUAUGGACAUUCACGUUCAAGUUUCUUAAGGUUGGGGUCCCCCACUUGUAGUCCAGCAUCUUCUCCACUAUCCCACACCGACUCUGGGGCUGAGGAGGGUGUUCCGUGGCAAAUAAAUAAUCUAGGAUAAUAAUUGAAAGACUAAUUGAGAUCAGAUCACGUGUCGUUUCUCAAAACCCAGUUAAUAAGCCAGAGUUUCUGGGUUCAUAUAGUAGGCUAUCGCUGGGAUGUCAGAAGCACAUGAAUUCGUCGUCCCCGUGUUUGUUAAAGCAAAAUUGUACCUCAGGAGAGCACCUUUGAUGCAAAUGAAUUUAAGCUUGGCUGGAGUUUUGAAUUGCUACACUACAAAUUUGUGUCGCAGAUCACUCUGCUAAAUGGCAAUGUUUAAGAUACUCCUGUUGUUCCUUUAUCCUUUUCUACUGUCAGCUUUCCCAAUGGCUCAAUUCAGACAUUACAUAUAAUCUUAGAUCAUCAAUAACGAACCACUUGUGUUCGUAUAGCAUGCUAUGCCUAAACAAUGAUUGUUUAAGGCAGCGUUUCUCAACCGUGGAAACUUUUAAGAUAGGUGGACUUCAACUCCCAGAAUUCCCCAGCCAAGCCAUGUUAGCUGGGGAAUUCUGGGAAUUGAAAUCCACCUAUCUUAAAGUUGCCACGGUUGAGAAACAGGGAUUUAAAAUAAUGGCCUGAUUAUUGGCCCACAAUGCACUUAGACAAUGGCUGGAUUCCCACAGGAGAGAUCUAUGCACAAGAAUUAUUAUUUUUUUUUACUGUUUGAUUGUAAGACUAACGUAUUUUUUGGAGUAUAAGAUGCACUUUUUUCCCUCCUAAGAGAGGCUGAAAAUUUGGGUGCGUCUUAUACGUCGA